AAAUCCAAAACCAAAAGCAUUUGAGACCCCGGCUCUCAAAGUUUUGGUUUUUUUUCUCUCACCUCCUGCCGCUUGAAGCUUCUUUUCCCUCUUUUUGUGCUUCGUGUUCAUAAUUUCUCCAUGUCGGAUCAUGGCUUUAGAGACUUCUACUACCAUGCGAGUGCGUUCAACAAUGAUCACGAUCAGCAAAGUUUUGGUGGUGAAACUGAUAGCAUAUAUAGGGCUUCACUAUCCUCGGUUGAUCCUUCGUACAUGAGCUUCACUGAUUCUUUACACAGCACUUCCAUGGACUACGGUUCACUUGAAAAAGCUUUUGGUCUGUCACCGUCAUCGUCGGAAGUGUUUUCUUCGGUCGAAGGAAGCAGCCGGACUAUGAAGCAGCAGGUCGGUGUGGAGGAUUUAGUAGGUAAUACCGGUGAAGUUAUGGGAACUCCUAAUUCUUCUAUUUGUUCUUCCUCAAGCGAGGCUGGCUGUGAAGAAGAUUCAGACAAGACUAAGAAAGAUGGGCAGCCGAAAGGAUCAGAAGAUGGAGGCGAAAGCUCAAAGAAAGGGAAAAAAGCGAAAACGAAAGGAGAGAAAAAGCAAAGAGAACCACGAUUUGCUUUCAUGACUAAAAGUGAAGUUGAUCAUCUUGAAGACGGGUAUAGAUGGAGAAAAUAUGGUCAAAAGGCCGUGAAGAACAGCCCAUAUCCGAGAAGCUACUACAGGUGCACUACUCAAAAGUGUACGGUGAAGAAAAGGGUUGAGAGGUCGUUCCAGGAUCCGUCGACCGUAAUCACAACAUACGAAGGCCAACACAACCACCCACUUCCGACGACACUGAGAGGAAGCGCAGCUGGGCUAUUCCCGCCUUCGAUGUUAACCCCAUCGCCACUGGGGGCGCCAAGCUUCCCACACGAAUUGCUCAUGCAUAUGCCUAAUUAUCAUCAUCAGAUGAAUAACCAAGCCGUUGCUGGUUCCAUGUUUGCUCAAAACGUUAGCCCUUUUCAGCAGUACGCCCACCAACACCAGGUUCCAGACUACGGACUUCUUCAAGACAUGGUUCCUCCCAAGUUCCUUAAACACGAACCAUGAGUCAACCAACUCCCUUCACUGUGUAUGUAUAUAUACAUAUAUAUAUAGUAUGUAAUUUUGCUACUUUUAUUACUAGAUUCAUCUAACUUCUCUCUAGAGCCUAAGAAUUAUUCUUCAAUUACUGGUCUGAAAGGGCCUAACACCAAGGACUAGACGGGAGUGAGAUUUUUCUUCUUUUUUCCCCACUUAUAACUUGGGUGAGUCUGUUACAUAGAUUUAGAGGAAGAAACUCUAUUGAUUAUGGUUUGUUUUUGAAGAACAAGAAGCCUGGUUUUAAGAGGAUUUGCAGACUUGUAAUACUGGAUUAAUUAAAGUUAUUGCAUUUUUGUAUGCA